GCUCACUGCCACUCACCGAGUCUCCAAAGGAGUUCCAGCGCGUACCUCCAGCUCGAAGGUUCUACGUGCUGCCCCCCCUUCUCCCUUCCUGUCGUGUUCCAUUGGGGAUCACGGGAUAUCGCAGGACGUUUUUGAGGUCCACUGAUGGAUUUUUUUUUAUCCUUUGUCGAGAUGAGCGUUUGUGCCUUCUACAAUUGAUUGUAAUCAUCGGUGAUAUGACGAUUCCUUCUUUGUCCAGACAAGCAGAAGAUUUACCGAUUAUCAAGAGCAGCCCAUGAAGCUUAAUGAUGGACAAAACUCUGCUAACAAAGACAGCAAGAAUAAGAAGCAGGAGGCGAAUAAGCUCCAGACAACUAAGGAUAGCAAUCCUAGAAGUGACCUAUGGACAAAUGGGCUCAUCUGUGCUUUUGAAUUUGUUCGUUUUCAUAAAUCACCAAGUGCGCAGAAAUCCAUUUCAAAAACCCAAUUUUUUCAGAGAAAUAAUAAUCUGGAUACAAGAAACCAAGUAAACUUGUCCACACAAGAUGGUACUUCUGUCCAACUCUUGGAUGAUCCUGAAUCUAUUUCUGACAUGAAUGCAAUUGAUGAUGGUGCUGCAACCUUUAAUGCUGAUGAAAUUCCGCAGUUUGAUAACUCAAAAAUUAAAACCAAGAACAUCAAGGGUUUACAAUGUGGUCGUUGGGUUCCCAUUGGAUGGGCUAGAAUUUCAGAGCUUGUCCAGUUGGUCCAAGUUGAUGCUAGCUGGUCUUCACAGCAAACAUAUAUAGCUGAUGAAGAGGAAGAUUUUACUGUUGCUGAUGUUGCUGCUCCAUACUGGGAACGACCAGUAGGGCCAACAUGGUGGUGUCAUGUCACUGCUGGCCAUCAUGCUAUUGAUGCAUGGCUAAGCAAUGCUCAAUGGUUGCAUCCAGCCAUCAACAUUGCUUUGAGAGAUGAAAGCCGACUCAUUAGUGAAAAAAUGAAGUAUCUUUUGUAUGAGGUCCCAGUUAGGGUUGCUGGUGGGCUGUUAUUUGAGCUUUUGGGUCAAUCAAUUGGUGACCCACAUGGAGAAGAUGACAUACCAAUUGUUCUCCGCUCUUGGCAAGCUCAAAACUUUUUAGUUACUACACUACAUGUUAAAGGCACUGCAUCAAGUAUCAAUGUACUUGGCAUAACUGAAGUUCAGGAUUUGCUUCUAGCUGGUGGAAGUGCAGCACCAAAGUCGGUUCAUGAAGUCAUUGCUCAUUUAGCUAGCCGCCUUUCUCGGUGGGAUGAUAGAUUGUUCCGGAAGUAUGUUUUUGGAGCAGCAGAUGAGAUUGAGCUAAAGUUUGUAAAUAGGAGAAAUUAUGAAGAUUUGAAUCUGCUAAGUAUCAUACUGAACCAAGAAAUCAGAAGAUUGGCAACUCAGGUUAUUAGAGUUAAAUGGUCCUUGCAUGCUAGGGAAGAAAUUGUUUUCGAGCUUCUGCAUUACUUGAGAGGAAAUGCCUCAAGAAUCAUGCUAGAGACAAUUAAGAAGAGCACCAGGGAGAUGUUGGAAGAGCAAGAGGCUGUCCGUGGGCGGCUUUUUACAAUUCAAGACGUUAUGCAGAGUACAGUGCGUGCAUGGCUACAAGAUAGAAGCCUCCGCGUUACGCAUAAUUUGACCAUCUUUGGUGGUUGCGGCCUAGUUCUUUCGAUAAUCACUGGGCUUUUUGGGAUCAAUGUGGAUGGAAUACCCGGGGGUGCAAACACGCCAUAUGCGUUUGGUCUCUUUGCCGGAGUUCUUUUCUUCAUAGGGAUUGUUCUGAUCGGUCUAGGGUUACUUUAUCUUGGGUUGCAGAAUCCGAUUACUGAAGAAAAAGUUCAGGUGAGGACGUUGGAGCUCCAGCAGCUGGUCUCCAUGUUCCAGCACGAAGCGGAAACCCACGCCAAGGUUAGAGAUGCCAUCUCAAGGCAUAAUCUACCUCCAACUGCGGCAGAUGUGCUCCAGGAAGCAGGAUAUGUUAUUAUACCAUGAAAAGAGGAACCACUGACUAAUAUUAUAAUUUGAACAGCAUGUCUCAGCUCCGAACUCUUUAUUUAAUGAACAGAAGAGUGAAAAUAAAGAGGUUUGAUAAUAAUCUGGACGUUCAGAUUCCAUGCUAUUUGGCUUUUCCUCUAUGUAAUGAAUUUUUGAUUUUGAACAAACGUUAUCUGUGUAUAGGAUAGUAAUACAAGUCUUUUAGUCUUGGAGAAUA